UUUUGUAUAUUUGUAAUAUGUUAUUGUGCAUAUGUUGUACCAUACUUAUAUUCUGUGUAAAGGUAACUGAACAACAACAGAUACAUUCAUACCUUCUAUCUUGUCACUUCUUUUAUAACAAUUCCUUCUUAACAGGAUCUUGAGGCUGUACAGUUACUUAUAUCUUUUAUUUAUGCCUAUUCUAAUGCUUUAGUCUGUGGAUGUAUAAUACAGGAGAUACAUACAGGUGUAGAUAGAAGAUCAAUGUCUCUCUUUCCCAUAUCCAUUGAAACUAACUUAUGGAAGCUUUAAUACUAUAAGCUGACCCUUUUUUCAGACUGACACUAGGAAUGAUGGGUCAGCACCGCAGUAAACACAGACUUUAUCUUUCAGAAUAUUGUGACUGUUUCGGAGAAUGAAUCUUUAAGUUCGAACAAGAGCUUAUUGGGUGAAUCGUCCGACACCAGUAGCUUUAUUUUAGACGGAUCUGAAACCUUGAAUGAGGAGUUGUAGAGAAACAAAUGCUCAGAUAUUUAUUCUUAGCGUGAUUCUGUUCCACUUUUUCACCCAUGCAAGGUUCUUUUUAGACUACCUACAUGUGCACUUCACUGUCAUAUCUCGAUGUAGUAUUCUCGUAAGUUGGUUGAUGUUAGAGCAGGGUAGGGACUCAAGUAGAGAAUAUAUAUAUAUAUAUAUAUAUAUAUAUAUAUAUAUAUAUAUAUAUAUAUAUAUAUAUAUAUAUAUAUAUAUAUAUAUACAUAUAGAUAUAAACAUACUCAUGUGUAUAUGUAUUGAAGCAGUAGAUUAAGAUAGGAUGUUUAGUAAGUGUGAAGAUCGUGAGUGCAGGACAGUGACAUAUUAGAUGUUUUGUUCUUUAUGUUCAUGGUGUUUUUUUGUUUUUGUUUUUUCAUCGAUAUUUGUUUUGUAUAUGAAGUACAAAAGUUGCUCAGAACAAACAAUGAGUGUUGUGGGAUAUUUCCGUGCAUUGGCAGUGACUAAUAAUCUUUUCCUUGUUACUUUUAUGAUGAAUGUGAAAAACCCAUACUGUAAGUGCUAAUGUGGUGCUAAACCAUUUCAUAAAUUGCACUGUAUUAAAACUUGUAUCAUGUUAAUGGACUUGCUUAUGUGGACUAACCAAACCACACUGCCUGAAAUGGUGCUAAACAAUAGAUCUCAGGUGAAUUAAGUUCUGUACUCAUUUUUUUGCAUAUUUAUCUGAAAUGAAAUGCAUGACUGGGUAUUAGUCUUAACCACUUGAUUAAACUUAAGUGCUCACAUAUUUUUUUUUACUUGAAUUGAUUCCAUUCAGUGGUUCUAAGAAACCCUGUUCUAAUGUGAUGUCAGUGCAGACUUAGUAAAUCUGUGAAGAAUGUAUUUUUAUUUUAUUAGAAGAUGUAUAAUCUUAGGCAGGUUUCAUAACAUUUGUACUGAUGCAAUAAAGUUACAUUUUUCUCACUCAUGCAUUUCAUUUCAACCCAUGUGUAACACUGAUUUCAUAAUGCAUGCUUUGUAUUAACAUUUGACAACUGAAAACUGCUUGCCAAAAAUAAUUUUGAUAUUAUAUUGUAUUCCUAAAUUCAUGUAUAUUCCAUAUCUGGUACAUUGCAAUUUGAAUUAAUUUAUUGAUUGGUAAUAUAUCUGGUUACAUUAAGUUUGAUGAUUUUUUAAAGUAUUCUAAAUUUUGAUCAUAAAUUGAAGAAUAUCACAUAUUUACUUGUGGACUUAGUUGUGUGUUAUUGUCUAUGACAAUUUUAUUCACAUAUUGGAUCCACAGUUCAAGGACUAAUGAAAAGACUUCCAAUAUAAUAUGCAUUUUUGCAAACUGGAUUAUAUCACAAAUGCCACUCAUUUGCAUUUGAUGCAUGAAGCUUCUCUUCCAUGCAUAUUAAGGUGUGCGCUCUGGUAGUCCCGACAGAGCCAGAGAACUUUAGCUUCUACUCCUACAAAUUCUUUCAGUAUACAUCAGACACUCCAAAAAACAAAAAAGCAAAGUCAUUGGUGCAGCAGAUUUCGGAAAAGGCCAAAACCCUCCGAAAGCGUGCCGUCGAUCAAUACAAGACUGUGUCACAGAUGGGUAUUCGAGUCUCCAUGACCGACGAGGAACUGGGUGGGCCAGAGAGGAUGGUUGCAGAUGGAUUCGCUUCGCCAGUGGAAUGCCAGAUCCUCACAGCUCUCACCAAGAUGACAUCUGUGGAAGGAGAUGGAUAUAAAAAGAAUUCGUCUCCUCACACAGCAGCAGAGAACUUCCAAGGAAUGACGCUAGGAAGAACAGGCCUGAUGGUCCAUAACAGGCUUAUUGAAAAGGAAGUUUUGGAGCUAAUCUUGGAUCUGACAAGCCGCUGCCGAGAUUACUUGGAGCGCUAUUUUAAUCUCUUGACUCCUCUUUAUUUUUCCUUUACGCAUUUGGUGUGUCGUACAGCUAAGCCAGAAAAAGCUGCAAAUAGAUCAUCAUUAGACAUGAGCCAUGAAGUUCAUGUUGAUAACUGUAUCUUGCAAAAUGAUGGAAAUUGCCUUCGAGUUCCUCCUGCUUAUGUCUUCAGAGAUUACAGUGCCAUUUUGUACCUGAACCAAGAAUUUGAGGGCGGGGAGUUCAUAUUCACACACGACCAAACAGGAUCCUCAUAUGAAAGCAUAAUCAAACCCAAGUGUGGACGAAUGGUUGGAUUUUCAGCAGGUCCUAAAAACCCACAUGGGGUCCUACCAGUCCACAAAGGAAGCCGAUGCGCCAUUGGCAUGUGGUUCACUCAUGACAAACGGUUCAAGGAAGUUGAGCGCACAAUGGCCGAGACGCUGUUGCGGAAAUUGCAAAAUGGGGAAAUGUGAUGCAAACACGAGUAGAGAUUUUGUUGUACUUAAAAGGUUCCCGUAGAUAUUACUGUUAUUUUUUAUAUGAUGAUUAUUUAUUACUAAUGAUGUAAUUACAUUUUAUUUUUUAUUCUUUAUUCUAUUAUGCAUGUGAUAAAGUAUUCACAAUAUUUUUAUUUAUUAUUUUUUUUCUUCUUAUGAUAUACCACACUCUUUUAAGACAAUUUGUCAGAAGGAAUUAAUGUGGGCAAAACCUUUGUAAAAUUAUAAGAGGAAAAUCAGACUGAAAAUUUGUUAUAAAUAUAGUAAAUGUAAAUUUUUUAACAUUGAUAAAGAUAUAUUAUUAUUAACAACUUGCCAAAGAAAUUUUUAAAAAAUCAUUAAGAAACUGAAUUAUAAAAAGCCUUUCCCCACAUUAAUUUCCUUUUAAGAUUUAGUAAAACUUAAGUAUAUAGAUAUAUCUUUAUUUUCUAUAGCUGUUUAGGAAUUUAAGAAAAUAAGUAACUUAUACAUUCAAAUUUGUGAGUGCAUGGUGACCUGAACUAAGCACUGCAAAAAUGAUUGUUUACAGGUAUUUAUGAGUUGAAACAUACUAUGGGUUAUGAUGAUUUUCUUUCACCACAAAAAUCCAUUGACACAUUGCAAAUAAUCAUUUCAUCAGCAGCCAGAAGAUUGCAAACUUCAUUUUACUAUUGUGGAUCCAUUUUAACAAACAUUCCAUUGUUGGUUAUACAGAGCAUGCACAAUAUAUUCUAUUAAUUUAUUUUUUUUAUGUCAUACCCCAUAAAUCUGUAUAUGUGAAUUUAUACCCUGUACUUGAGAAUGGCAAAUGUACUGUACAUGA